CCUGGCGACCUAGCGCCGUCCUCCAGGCAAAUCGACGGCGCCUGAAGGUCGCAAGCAGCAGCGAGGACGACGGGGCCAGCUUGAUCUCCCCGACCCGGCGUCGCGCGCAGAUUGCUUGGACUUGAAUGUUUUUGGAAGCCGAUUAUUGCUUAACGUGAUCAGACUGGUUCAUAUCAUGGAUCAACAAGCCAAAGACGAUACUGAUAUUUUUGAACCAACGGUAACCUUAGAUCAAACACAUUAUCAAGAGGGUUACAAAAAUGGUUAUGAUGAUGGCUUGGUGUCUGGAAAGGAAGACGGAAGGCAGGUUGGUUUGAAGAUGGGUUUCCAGAUAGGUGAAGAACUGGGGUUCUAUCAGGGCUGUUUGGAUGUGUGGAUGUCAGCAAUUCGCCUUGAUCAAGAUGCAUUCUCAGCUCGAAUCAGGAAGAACAUGGAACAACUGGCUGCACUACUCAGCAACUAUCCUUUGUCUGAUCCAGAGAAUAACCAGGUUCAAGACAUGAUGGAGAAGAUCAGGAUGAAAUUCAGGGUUAUCAUGGCAAGCUUAGGAGCAAAAUUGGACUAUGAAGGUCGCCCCACAUCUUCUAAGGAAGACUUUUAGGAUCUGUAGUCUGUAGCUGGUUUAGCAUUAUGGAAGGUCCCUUGUGGAUUUCAAAUCUCACUUACCACUUUGAAAGUGAUGUUUGAUAUCAAUAUCUUUGCCUUUUGGUUUUGUGGUUGUGAUGUUCUGUUUCAUGAAUAUGGCUAGAGACAUGUAAGGACUUAUGGUGCUACCGGGAUAACUGAGGGUACCUGAAGCACUACUGUAUCUUAGUAUCAAAGGUCCACUUCAACUUUAAGAAAUUUUCAGUCAUUGUUCUUUC